AUGUCCACUCACCUUGCCGCCGUCUGCCCAGCCAAAGGGCAGCCUUUUGUGCUUCAACCCCGCCUGACCCCAAAGCCAGGACCGGACGAGCUCCUGAUCGCUGUCAAAUCUGUGGCCCUCAAUCCAGCGGAUGCCAUCAUGCGAGACCAAGGCCUUCUCGUAGCUAGGUAUCCCACAGUCCUUGGGUUCGAUAUGUCCGGUUUAGUCUUGGAGAUCGGCGAGAAUGUUCCUACCAAUGCUAGUGAAGAUGAUACAGGCCCAGUUUUCCGACCGGGUAUCACCCGCAUCGCCGCCUACGCUGCGUCCGUUUGGAAGUCAUGCGACCCAGACUAUGGCGCAUUUCAAGAACGGUGCCUGGUCCCCUGGCAGCAUGCUGUACCUCUACCGGAUGAAAGCAUUUCUUGGAAUCAGGCCGCCACUCUACCUGUUGCCAUCGAGGUACCUCUCAGCGCAUGGGAUGCCAUGGGCAUACCUCGGACAGGAGAUACCUCUGCGUCUGCUCCUGUCUCUUCUGGACCUGUUAUUGAUAUCGGUGGUGCCAAGGGAAGGCCCACUACAGAGAAGCUUGAAGCUCUCCUGAUCUGGGGUGCAUCUUCUAGUGUCGGCACGAUGGGUGUACAAACAGCACGGUUGCUGCGAGAAGAUGUCAAUUCUUCUUUUGCAGCUGUAUACGCCACAGCAGGAUCAGCGAAUCAUGAUUAUGUGCAUUCUUUGGGCGCGGACCGCCUCUUUGACUACAAAGACUCACAGGUUGUGGAUGUGAUCAUCUCAGCAGCGAAGGAGGACGGGCUAGUGAUUAGGUACUGCUUUCUUGCUACAGGAGAGCUGGAAAAAUGCCAGGCUGUACUCAAGGGAUUCAUCGAGGAAAUUCAAGGAGAAAAUGGGACAAAAGUCUCCAAGAUCGCAUCUGCACCCCUGCUUCCUCCGAGCGCCGAGGUAAUUAGCGGAUUGGAGACGAUAUUUGUGGUCCCGUCAAUGGUGGAAGCGGAGAGGUUGGAGCAGUUUCGAUACUGGCUUGGAAUGUGGCUCAAGGCCAAUUUGGCCAAGGGGGCCAUCAGGCCAAGCCCAGAGCUGGAAGUUGUGGGAAAGAGCUUGGGGGCUAUCAAUACUGGGUUGGACAAACUGCUCUUGGGUGUGAGUUGUACAAAGCUGGUUCUAGAGAUCACGGGUUGA